AUGUUUGGAACGCUGAAAAGUAAAUUUCAAACUGUACAAGAUGGUAUUUCAGCAAGUUUUAAAGGUCUGACACUUGGCGAAAGUCCAAAGCCUAAAAAACCAAAUGCGGGUACUGACCGAGUUAAUUACAAUGCCGGAGCAGAUGUUUUGCAUCACUACCAAUUGCAGUGGAAUGAAUUGCAUGAGCUCGCUGAAGAAAAUUCAAUUAAAGCACAUGAACUCCAAAGUAAACAAUUGGAUCAUAGAUUCCAGUUGGCGUUAUAUAAAGAGAAAAAAUUAUCCGAAUUAGAUAACUACAGAGUCGCAUUAGCUAGUGAACAUUCUGAACGCGUAUUGUGGAAAGAAUUGAGGCAACAAAAAAUGUUGAAAGAGCGACAAGAUACAUUUGAUGAAGUAUUCAGAGGUGAAAUUGAAAAUUAUAAAGCGACGGGUGUAGUACCACGAGGAGCAACAUCACAGCAAGGCCCUGCACUAGAAGAAAUUGUUUUAGAAGAUGAUUCUACAGAUUUCGAUGAAUUUUUACAAAGUUAA